AUGGCCAAAGACUUGUUUGCUGUUCCCAUAUCCACAGUUGCUUCUGAGAGUGCUUUCAGCACCGGCGGUCGGGUGUUAGAUUCUUUUAGGAGUUCUUUGACUCCUCAAAUUGUUGAAGCUCUCAUCUGUAGUGAGGAUUGGUUAGCAAAUUCGACACUACCUCUUGAGGAUGAGAAUUUGGAUGAGUUGGAAGAUCUUGACAGUGCUUUUCGAAAUGUUGUAUUAGAUGCCAAUACAACUUCUGCUACAACUGGAGCUGGAAGUGCUGCUGCCAGAGCUGGAAGUGCUGCUGCCGGAGCUGGAAAUGCUGCUGCCGGAGCUGGAAAUGCUGCUGCCGAAGCUGGAAAUGCUGCUACCAGAGCUAGAACAGCUGUUGCGGGAGCUGGGAAUGCUGAUACAAGGACUGGAAUAGCUGCUGUCGGAGAUGGAAGUGCUACUGCUACCGGAGUGUGA